GUGUGCGUGACGUAAGAGCACCAGCUGGUCAAUGUUUACUUCCAGCUCUGUACUGGAUCAGAUUAUUCAGGAACAAUAUCUUGGAAAAAGAGAAAAACGCAACGAAGAUAUCAGUGAUAUCAGAUUAAAUUAUAAAGAAAAUACCCCACAAAGUCGGCAUAUUCUCGGUGUGGCCCCCUGGCCUGUCACUCCACCUGAAGAUGGGUGGUGCUGUAAGCGCUGGGGAAGACAACGACGAGCUGAUUGACAACUUGAAAGAGGCGCACUACAUCCGAUCCGAGCUGGUGGAGCAGGCCUUCCGCGCCGUCGACCGCGCCGACUACUACCUGGAGGAGUUCCGCAACAGCGCUUACAAAGACCUGGCCUGGCGCCAUGGCAACAUCCACCUGUCCGCCCCCUGCAUUUACUCUGAGGUGAUGGAGGCGCUGGACCUGCAGCCUGGGCUCUCCUUCCUUAACCUGGGCAGUGGAACUGGGUACCUGAGCACCAUGGUCGGCCUCAUCCUGGGUCCAUUUGGCGUCAACCACGGGGUAGAGCUGCAUUCAGACGUCAUCGAUUACGCCUACCAAAGGUUGGACAUCUUCAUCAAAACCAGCGACAGCUUUGACAGGUUCGAGUUUUGCGAGCCCUCCUUUGUGGCGGGAAACUGCCUGGAGAUUACGCCGGAGAGCAGGCAGUAUGACCGGGUGUACUGUGGGGCCGGCGUGCAGCGUGAGCAUGAGGACUACAUGAAGAACCUGCUGAAGGUUGGCGGCAUUCUGGUGCUCCCCCUGGAGGAAAAGCUGACAAAGAUCACCCGCACGGGCCACAACACCUGGGAGACCAAGAAGAUCAUCGCUGUGUCCUUCGCCCCACUGGUGCUGCCCAAGAACAGGGACACCGACAAGUCCAAGAUCGUCCCUCUACCGGCGAUGUUCGAGGUGCGCCCCCUGCAGGACCUGGCUCGGAUUGCCAUCCGGCACACCUUGAAGAUGACGGCCUUGCAGCCGACCAGGUUGCGGUCGGAGAGGGGCGGAGCCAGGAGUGGGGCUAGGGCACGGCCAAAGCGCAGGCGGACGUGUCGCCGCGCAGACUCACUGCUCCUGGCCAACCGGCACGCGUUUGUGAGCCGCACAAUCCCGCGGAAGCACACAGACGACGGCUGCGACCGCUCCGAGACGGAUGAGGAAGCAGAGGAGGAGGAGGGGGUGGUGGAGAGGCGGGUAGAUUUGACCGGAGAGGAAGUGGGCAGGGAGAGUAGGCCAGACACCCCUGUCAAUCUACUCAGGGAAAGGAUCCUAGGUCUGCCGCUACCAGAGCCACUGAAGAUGUAUUUGCUCUACUACCGUCAGAAGUAAGCAUGGCAGAGCCUGAUACAGCUUCUUAGGGUUUAACCCCUACCAGCUCCGAGCCUCUGUCUCUUAACAUGAAGGAAAAACACACACACCCUCAAACGCCUCAGUUGUGGAGGGAAAACACCUGCAUUUUUUGACCAGAUUUUUGUCAAGAUAUGCUCUUAGUAUGCUGGUGCUUCACUGUUCACCUCGUUUUUUCCCACCCUCUUGCAUUGUAGAUGAUUCAGUGCCACAGGAUCACAGAUUUUGACACUUGUGCAUAGUGAGGUGGAUCUGACAGUAGGAGUUCCACGAGAUGGAUUUGCAGGUAGCCUCCUUCGAUAACCUUUUUCCAGUGGUUCUGAGCACAUCUAGAAAGAUAAUACAGACUCUGCUGGGAAAGGAUCAGUGUCUUUGUCCCCUUAAUCGCAGACAAGCUAUUGGCUGCCCAAAGUAGAAUUGGAAAAUUUCCCUAAGGGACACUGGGGACUCUCAGGCGAGUUCCAUUGUUCCUAUUUUCAGAUAUCAUGGGCGAGUUCAGCUUGGUCCUAAUGGGUUAGGUGUCUACAGAGACAGUGAAAACCAUGCAGGCUUUAAGUUCUAACGAAGCUCAGUGCCACGCCGGCCGGUUUCUCAGAGUUAUUGUCAAGCCUGGCAUGAGGGUGUUAGAGAACCCUGGCUCCAAAGAUUCUCAGCUUUCCGAAUGAUGGAUCACCCCACAAGUAGUGGACCUACACAGCAGUAAUACAAGCCUUUUCAUCCCAUUACCACUAGUUAUUCCUCUAGCAAACAUUUUCUUCUGUCCGUCCAAGAAUUAUACCAGGAAAUCAUAUUAUUUUCCCGACCGAACUAAAGAUACAAAACAGAAAUUAAUUUGGUUACGUGCGCAGGUCAACCGCAUCUUUGUGGCAGUUACAGUGUUUACUUUGUGAUUACAGGAUGUGUUGCAUUUAAGACUUUGUGCGAUAUGUGCGUCUGAGUGGUUGGGGGAGGGGUCAACUAAUUUCCUCCUGCAUUAUUAAAAGAUCUUUGAGACUUGCUUGCAGAUGAGCAGAUAACUUCAGGACAAACUGUGCAGCGGUAACAUCAGACUAUUCUGUUUGUGCAGCCUAACGUGCGGCUGGGUACUUUUGUCUUGUUGUGGCACCUGCAUCAUGACAUUUAAAAACUUGGCAAGCAAUUUCUGGGGUGGAUAAAUGACCUGCGUUUUUACAGCUUUGAAAACAGCAUGACCAUUUCCACAAGAGCUCCGCCGUGAGCCCCCAGUCACUGUAUCCCCCUUCCCCCAACAAGACCUCCCCCAUCCCCAAAUAAAGCAUCUUUAAAAUUUCA